AUGGCUUCAUCAUUAGAAAAUAAUUUAAAAAAUCUAUGUUAUCCUCUAACCUCAAUAGAAAUGGCAAGUACUCUUCAACAGCUUAAUAUUAGAAUAAAUAACUUUGCUCCCCGUCGUAUUCAUCAUAUCACAUAUAUAUUGAAUCGUAUUUUUGAAACAAAAUUUUCAAUGGAACAAAUAAAAAUUCGCCUUGAAAAUUGGGAACUGAUUUUACCGAUUUAUAAAUAUUUUUAUAAUUAUUAUAUUCGUCCUGAUGGACAAAAAAUGUUAACUAUACAUCCUGACGAUGAAGUUUUUAUUGUUUUCUCCAACUAUGGAUAUGAAAAACGUCUUCUAAUGCAAAUUGAUAGUGAUAUUUUGUUCAAACAUUGUGGUUUUUCAAAGUGUACUAAUGCUUUUAAUCAUUUAAAUUAUAAAUUCGAAAAGAAAGAGGAAGAACUUAUGGACCGUUUUCAUCUUCAAAAAACAUGGUUUCUUUGGCGUCUUGGUAAUUUUUGCAUUACAGAAAAUUUUCGAAUACCUGUUCCCGAUCAACAAGAUUUCCAGACGAUGCUUCUUGAAUUGUUACCGUUUGUGAAACAGUUGUUCACUGAAAAAUGGGGUAAAAGAGAUUAUCAUGCUUUUUGUGAAGGAAACUGUGGUGCCACUAUUGUACUUGAUGGACAUCAAAAAGCUACGAGGAGAGUUUGUGCGAUCAAAAAGGUAUCGGUUCCUAGUAAUGACGGGCCAAUUCGUGAUGUUAAAGUAGGAUGUUCAGCUACACCUGUUUUCAAAAGUAAAAAAUGUCGGGAACACUUACUGUCUACUGAUAAUGAUAACGGCGAACCAGAAGUUUCAAAUAUUCGUCUUCCUCGAACAGUCGUAAUGUCAGAAUCCAAAGGGAAUUAG